GAUGUGGAAAAAAUAAAUGGAAGAGGAUGGAAGAGAGGAAAGAGAUAGUGAAAAAUGAGGUGGAAGAAAGAGAGUAUGAGGUGUAAAAAUAGGGUAAGGAGAGAGAAUGAAAGAGAGGAUAAAACCAUCCUCUCCAAUAUUCAUGCUCUUAUAUGAUAUACUCGUACUACUAUUGUCCUCUUUCCAUUUGGAGGGAAAAUUAUUUGCCUUUUCAUUUCUGAAAUCCUACUCCCUCUCCUCUCUCCCUUCUCUGUUCACUGCACUUCGAAGUUCAAUUCAAUGUCUAGAAGGCGACUUCGUACCGUCUACACCUCCGACGAAGACGAAGAUGUUCCACAACAACCUCCGUUACACGAAAACCCUAACCAUCCUCAACCACCGCAACAACAACAACAACCGCCACAACAACAUGUCAACGAACGAAUGACGGAGGAAGAUGACAUUGAAACUCCAUCUCCAGACCCUAUCCCUAAUAUCAAUUCUGUAACCCUAAAUUCCACCACCACCACCACCUCUACAACCGCCGCUACCACCGCCGUCUCCGAACAUCCGUCACUUCAGGUUUCCGGUGAAGAUUUUAUGGAUGUUUCUGAUAAUCUCUCUCCUCCGCCGGUGGUUACUGCUUCUUUCGCCGCUUCGGGUUGUCCGGUUAAUGAUCAAUUGAGGAGAAUGGGGGUGAAUUUGAGGAGAGAAUGGCUUGAUUCUUGUAAAUUAGGCCUUCAGAAUACUGUCCCGGGUUUCGUAAAUUUUGAUGUUGAAAUUAAGGCUAAGCUUUGUUUUGGGCAGAUUUUGAACUCGGAUAUGAAUUAUUCUGGUGCUGGAAUUCUUCCUGAAAAUGUGAAGGAUUUGCAUCUUGUUGAUCUUACUGGCCCUUUUGUUCUGCAGGUUGAUGAAGUAGUCAAUAUUAGUUGUCCUCUGAAGGAGAGGUACAAGAAUGCACCUUCAGGGCAUAAAAGAUGCCUCAAGCUCUCCAUGACCGAUGGCGUUCAACGUGUAUUUGGCAUGGAGUAUAGGCCUAUCAAAAGUCUUGAAGCCCUUGCACCUGCUGGGUUUAAGGUUGCCAUUCGGGAUGUGAAUGUACGGCGUGGGAUUCUGAUGUUGGUUCCUGAAGUAUUGGAAAUUCUUGGUGGCUCUGUUGAAGAGCUUGAGGCAGCCAGGCAGAGGCUCGUUCAGGAAGUUAACAAGCCUCCAAGGGGAAAAAGAACAAGAAAUGGUAUUGUUCCUCCAUUGUCGGCGAGAGCAACUCGUGCUGCUUGGCCACAAAAUGAUGUUAGUAAUGAAGCCAUGCCAUUGGAUGAUGCUAAUCAUGUCUCAGGGAACACCACAACUUCUAUGCUACAUGCUGCAACUCAGUUUCGUGGAAAUACCUUGGGUGUUGAUCCAAGCAGUAGGAUUAGGCAAGUCCCUCUGGCAGGCAGAACUGUUACUGAGCUUCCAUCAGAAAGAUCUGACCAACAUUCUCUAAGUAGAGACUCUGCUCAAGUUUACAUCAGUAGAGAAACUGCUCAACGUUAUAACAGUGUCGAAGCUGGUGUGCUUCCUUCAAGUAGGGAAACUACUGAACCAUUUAAUAGUAGGGUAUCUUCUGAGCAUCUUAUUAGCCGAGAGACUGCGCAUUGUUCUAUCACUAUAAAUGCUCAGAAGUUUCCUACAGCAGCCGAAGGUUCUGAGCAACCUCCUGCUAGACAAUCUACUGGGAUCAAUCCAGUUUCUGCCAUUGCCAUUGAAAAUGAAGAUGCUCUCUUGCUUGAUUAUAUGGAGCACCCAUUUAUAUUAAGCGGAGAGAAGGAAUUACCUUUCAUAUAUUUGGCAAGUCUGUCAGCAAAAUGGGCUGCUGUGCAGGGUAACCAGCCUUCUGUCCGAGGGAAGAUCAAGUGCAUUUUGACUGGUGUGAAUAGAUUUCGGUACAAGGGGCGAUCUACGUUUGAGCUUCAAGUUUAUGUUGAAGAUGGGAGCCUUAUAUCUGAAAUCUUUAUUCACCAUAAUGUUGUGCAGAAAGCGAUAGGUUAUUCACCUGAAGAGGUGAAUGCUGCUCUUUCCUCCUCAAAUGAGAAAGUAGUAGGAGACCUGAAGAGCAAAUUGAAUCAAUUUCAAUUAUUCUUAAUGAAUUUUGAGGGUACGAUGCUUGUGGAGAUGAAUGAGACUUCUACGUACCCGAUUGCUCUUGAGAUGAACCAAAAUUGUCCUGCAUCAGAUGCAUUGUUACUUUUGAAAAGACUGAAGCCUGCCUCUUCUGGCCCAAUGUCCCAAAAUAGCCAGUUAGAUGUGAUCAAUUUGUCGCCUUGAGCCGACAAAUGCACACUGUGGUUCCUUUCUUGAUUAUUGCAAACAGAAUGAUAUGAAAAUUCUUAGAUAUGUGAAUAGGUGAAUCAGUAAGAGACUAAGAGUGUAUCUUGAUAUGUAUGGGUCACAUAGAGGCAUCUUUUCAAGUUGCUUGCUUUCUAAGGUUGGGAAGGUGUUUGCUAUUUGUACCCUGUUAUGAUUGGGAGUUGAGACUGCCUUUUGCAAGUAUGAUGCUGAACGGUGACAUUAUCUGAAAGGCUGCAGUAUCUACUAUUUAUUCUACAUUAAUCCAUUUUGGAGCAUGGCGGAAUUUGAUUUGGUCAAUUUUGGCGGAUGAAAGGUUUUCUCCUGUUUGGUAAUAUACUGAAGUUCAAAGGUCUCGGCAUCUGUCUCCUUCAAGAUAGCAUGUUCACAACCUAGCGAUCUCCAUUUUUGGAGAUCUAUAGAGAUAUAUUUUGCAGGUGACAUGAAUGAAAGAAUUCAUUGCAUAGAAGAUUUGCCUUAUGCCUUAUAUGAUAGACAUCAUGGUAUAUGCUGUAACUGAACAUAGUAUCAUUAUCUUAUUUUUUGAAAUGCAACUCUAGAAAAGAUACGAGGCAAACUUGCAUCUCUCAUAUUUUGAUCAAGUACCAUUUUGCCAUCCUUUGAGAGGAUCUUUCCUUUGGUCAAUUCUGAUUCAGUCAGCCCAGGAGUUACAAUUGUGAUCCCUAUGUCUCCUCCAAGCUCAACUCUCAAUGUCUCGAAGAAGCUUAAAACUGCUGCUUUACUUGCCUGUAAGGGCCAUAGGUGAACAAGUGAGAUGAAGAAAUAAUAAACAUAGAAUCGGUUUUAUCAAGUAUGGUGAGAUGUUCACAGAGUAGAAAGCCAUUCGUGGAACAGGCAACCAGGCUCCAGACGAGGCAGUAACUAUUAUCUUGCCUCUGCUUGCUUUUAGAUGUGGAAUUGCAAAGUGGGUACUAUACACUGAGCCCCAGAAGUUCGUUUCCUGAAAAGAUCUCCAGGAGUGGUGAAUCAUUAAAAUAAGCUGUAUCGGCUUAAUGCAAGGGUUAAACCAGUAUACAGAAGCUGAAAAGUAUUAAUGAACAAGAUUUACCAUCACAGGUGCAACAUUUGUUAUGUCAGGGAAUUCUUCUAACAUGCUCAUUGUGGAAAUUCCAGCAUUGUUCAACAAAUGAUCCACUUUCAUUGCAGGGUGCGUGAAUGCAAGGACAAAUUGUCAAUUACAAAUUGUUAAAUUGCUUGUUUGCUAUGAUUCCCUCCCCCCACCCUGCCAUAAUGGCUCAUUGUAUUUACGUACUUUAUGGUAUAUUAUAAAUGAUAGAAGCUUCGUCAAUAAAUAUUCACAUGUUUUCAUUGUAUCAUAAAAUUCUAGUGUAAUGUGGAUGAUCAACUUACACCCCGGGGGAGCUGGGAGGGGGGGGGGGGGGUUAUCCUGAUCAAAUUGUGUACGUCAUUGUCCUGUGGCUCUCUACACCAAUUUAAAUAAUAUCGUGGUUUAAUUAUAUUUUUUGCA